CAUUUCAUACAAUUUUUUGCCUUGCAGUCCUCGAGCCAAUUCCUAGUUUUUCAGAAAAUUAAGAAAUUUAUAACCAUGGCCGUCCAAACACAGACCAAGAUUCCGGUUGUUGAUUUCUCUGACGAGAACCUGAAACCCGGUACAACUUCAUGGCUGAAAGUUCGCAACGAUGUUUGCCGUGCACUCGAGGAGUACGGCUGUUUUGCAGCAGAACUCGGCAACAAAUUUCCUCUGGAGCUUCACGAGGCUAUCUUUGGUGCAGCACAGGAGUUGUUUGAUUUCCCCACAGAAACCAAAGAGAAAGUUACCUCUGAAAAGCUUUUCCAUGGCUAUGUCGCGAGUCCUCUCCGCGAACGCAUGAUGAUUGAUAACGCAACCUCUCCGGAAGUGAUUCGAAAGUUGACGAAUAUCUUCUGGCCCAACGGAAAUGAUCAUGUCCGUGAGAGUGCUGAUGCAUACGUGAAGAAGAUGACAGAAUUGGAUGAGAUGGUGACGAGAAUGGUAUUUGAAAACUAUGGUGCAGAAAAAUAUUAUGAUUCUCACUUGGAGCUUACUUCUCGCACUCUCUCGCUUUUAAGAUACAAAAAACAUCAGAAGGACGGGAACAAUGAAGGGAUUAAAACCCAUACGGACAAGCACUUCACCACCAUACUCCAUCAAAAUCGAGUGAGGGGUUUGGAGGUAAAAACUAAGGAUGGUGAAUGGAUUGGCUUCGAUCCAUCGCCUUCAUCGUUUCUAUUCUUGGCUGGUGAUGCUCUCCAGGUAUGGAGCAACGACAGGAUAGAAGCAAGCUUGCAUAGAGUAAUGUUAGUGGAAAAUGAGGAGAGAUACUCAUUGGGAACGUUUGCAUUCCAUGAGGGGACGAUACAUGUGCCAGAAGAAUUGGUUGAUGAGAAACACCCUUUACAGUACAACCCCUUUAACAAUCAUGAAUAUGCCAAAGCACAAGUUGCUCUCAUUCAGAAAGAAAUUUCACUCAAAUCCUUCUGUGGUGUUAACUGUUAAUUCAAGUACUAGUACUGUAGUACUAGUCCUGUUGGCCGGCUGUUCAAGUGUGUUUGUAUUGGUACGUACUAUAUGGUGAUCGAUGCUUCUGUUGUAAGAGCAUUGCAUAUAAGAUGUCAUGCAAAAGGCUACUUUUCACGUUGUAAUAUGAACGUGUAAUAAUAAUAAUAAUUAUUAAUAAAAAGAUUAAUAAACAAUGCCUUUUGUGAAA